CCUCAAUCCAACAAAGCGCUUCAAAAGCGGCCUUCUUCUUUCCGAAAAAACCGGCACCGCAGCGCCAGCAGCAUCUCCUUACAUCUUAGUCUCGACACGGUUGGUCAUCAUCGCGGGAGGCGCGGCGCGAUCCGCGGAUCCGCCAACUAGAUUUCUCAGUGUGUUUCGCGGCUCCGGGCAGACAAGCGACGAUCGGUCGCGGCCUACCUUGAUUAAAAAUACAUACGCGGCACGAUCCGGCGCAAAAGACCAAAAAUUCACGAGAACCCAUCUGUGAGAGUAUGUGUUAUUAGUGUAGGAUAGGCAUUAGAGCUAAAGCAUGGAUCACAGCGGGGGCGUGGACGACGCUGCGGCAACGUCGGCGGCGAUGGCCAAAACCACCACCAUCAGUACUAUAGCUGUGCAGAGCGGAAAAACUAGGAUUGUCAUCGCAUUAUUACAUUGUGGAGACUGGCUGCAUCUGAAGAUACUAGAAAUUACUCCAGAACUAACACAAUUAGGCAACACCCUGGCUGAGGCGUUGGAGCUACAAAAAGCACACGAUGAAGUUCUUAGACAAUUACAGAACAAGCAGAGUCCCGUGGAAGAGCUCCUCAGACAGGCGGAUCAGCUGAUAGCCACUCAGAAACCUAGAGCGGAAGUCUACGCAGCUAUGGCAGAAUCACUUGGAAGGGCCUGGAAGGAUAUUAAUUCAAAUCUGGAACUCAGAAAACACAUACUCGAUCUGAAUGUCGAAUACCACAGGAACGCACAGGACUUUUUCGAAAAGAUGGAUGUGCUUGAGGCCACAUGCAGAGAUGCGACUGUGCCUAUAGAAAUAGACGCUGUAAAGACGUUUUUGACCAACAUCCAUGAGCAGCGCAGGGCAGUCCUGGAAUCUCUGAUGGGUGCCCUUCAAGCAGGAAAUAAUUUGUUAGGCAAGCUGAAAGAGCUUGGAGCUGAAGGCACACUCGACUCGAGACCCGACCGAAUUCGAAUUUCUGUUAAUCGAGCAAUAUCGCAAGUUCAAGGUUGGAUGGACGAAUUGCAUUUGAAAAGGCAGGUUUUAGAAACGACUUUCAAUAGACGGAAGACGCAGCUAGAACAGUGCCUAGCUUUAGCUAUUUUGGCAAGCGACUUACGAGAACUAGAAGAAACCAUUCAUCAGAGAAGAGAACUUCUAGCUAAUAGCAACCAACUUGGUGAUUCUUCAUCAAGUGCCGAGCUUCUUUUACACGAACACCGCAAACUGAUACCGGAAGCAAGACAACUUCAAGAACGAGCUCUGAAGAUAACAAAGGCUACAGAGCAACUUGUAGCUUCGGGAUGUUACGCCGGAGAACAGGCGACGACCCAGUCAUACGUCGUCCUCUCUACUACCUCAGACUACCUCACGGACCUACAGAGUAGGGAACAGUUGCUGGAGAGGGUUAUUGCCUUCUUCAGGUCUGCUCAAACGGUGAUAACCAAGCUGGACCAGCUAGAAAUCCAACUAACCGCCACCGAGCUUCCAAAAACCUCCCCGCAGCUCGCCCAGCUGCACGCGCAAUGCGCUAGGGCCAUCGAGGAGGCCACGGCAGCCCCAAUCGCAGAGGGCCAUGCCAUCUUGAGCGCCGUAGGGCACGGAUCGCAGGGCGCUGAGGGCGUGAAAAGGGUGGCGGAGCAAUUGGAGAACAAGAAGAUCAGGUUACAAGGGCUGUGUACGGCGCACAAGGAGGAGAACAUGAGGGUCAGCGCGGCAUUGAAUAACUUCUUGGAGAAGCAUGGCGAACUCUACACAUGGAUCACAACGAUCGCGGAGGCGUUCCUUCAGGGUCAUCAAGAUAUGGGAAGCGACCUAACGAUGGCGAAGGACUUCUUCGAUUUGCAUAGUCAACUGCUCACUGAUUUACAGACCAAAGGAAAUGAGAUCAACAGCCUCCUACUAACUCUCCCGCCCAUCCUAGAAUACCUAGAAGACAACCAACGCAAAGAUAUAGACAAGAAGGUAGAAGAUCUCCACGACAGAUGGAUGCGGCUGAAAAACAUCCUGGAAAGCCGUAUGGAACUCUCCAGGAUAUACGUAAAGUUCCAUACGGAGGCUGAUCUGGUCAGUAAGGGAAUGGAUAGACUGGAAGAUUCAAUUCGAGUAAAUAAGGACAAGAUUGACGACAAAACUAUGGCGUAUAUUGAAGAGCAGUUUGAUUCGUUGGUGCCCUUAUACCAGUCUGCGAAGAAUACAGGGUUAACUUUCAUCAACGAAGCACGAAGGAUUUGCUGAUGACAGCACUCGACAUGCAGAUAUUUAGAGUGGCAAGCCGAUCCCUGUCGGUACCAUAAGCUGGAGAGAAAAGGACUAGCAGCGGAUUCCUUUCUGAUGAGAGAUCUGGAGGUCAUCACUUCUUGACGGUCCAUCCUCAUCUAGACGUGCGACGUGCCGCGACGUGCGUGGAGUCGACGCUGGAGCGUCUCGCGGGACGGCAGUUGACCGCCACCAGGUCCUGGUGCACCCACAAGGAGGAGAUACUGGAGAAAAGGGAGACCUUCGUCAAGCUGGAGGUCGAGAUGGCGGAGAGCUCCAAGACUAUCAGCUGGGUCACCAAGCUGGACAGUCAACUAUACCCUGUGAUAACCACCGCAUCGACAAAGCCCAGUGAGAUCGUAGAACACAUCGAGAACAAACUCUCCGUGGUUGUACCUGACAUCAAGAAAGCUCAAGCAGAAGUCGAUCAGAGGAUCAAAAGCGCUGAAGCCUUGAUGCUCAAAGCGCCAACCAGUGACGAGAAGACUCUGAAUAUUAAAAACAAGCUGUACGAUCUGAACCAGAAGCUCAUAGAAAUUUCUUCGGAGUAUCAGAUUUUACUGCAAGUGCUCAUAGGGUACUUCAAGAACCUGGAUGAGAUUGACAAGAAGGCUGAGACGUAUCAUCAGUAUCUGGAUAAGAGUGGAUAUCCGAAAGACUUGAGUUCCACGGAGAAUGUGAUCAGGGAGUACGAAUCAGCCAGGCAGACUAUCGUGGAACGGUUACGAUUUGCUCAAACUGAAUGUGAUCAGAUUAGCCAAAGGAUAAGGCAACAGGAACCCGAAGCAGCAGCAGAACAAGACACCAACAAGCUCCAGCAUGUCCUGGAACUCAGACGUGCUGAGUUCGAGAGCCAAUGGAGACGACGACACGACAGUCUGGAAUCCCACAGGCAACUAUGUGUUUUCGACAGUGAAUUGAAGCAGAUCAACAGCAGCAUAGAGGAAAUCAGCAGACAAGUCAGGAACGUCAAAGGACAGUAUGGGGAGUCAGUACCCAGUGCCAAGGCUGUGUCGCAAACUUUCAACAAUGUUGAACAAUCCAUGGAGUCGCUGGAACGGCGUAUUCAGACAUUGGUAAAGACCGGAGAAAAACUGUUGGCAGAGUGCCAUGCGCAAUCGCCGUACGUUCAGAGCCAACUAUCUGGGCUGCAGGAUCGCUGGAAUAACUUGAAGAAUCAGGCUAAGACGGUCAGGAGCCUGAUGGAUAUGAGCGUUCCGUAUUUCCAAUUGGUAGACGAGGCUGACGAAUGGUUCAAAGAAGGAAGCAAACUCCUAGUCACCAUCGCUCGAAAAUCAACAACUGUAAGACAACCCCAAGAAGCCGAACACCUCUUGAGCGAGGUCACUAACUUCCUCAGACCUGGAGAAGCUAAACAAAGCGAAAGAAUUACAAAAAUAAGUGAACUCGCCCACCAACUGUACGGUCCCGAUCAAUCCAAGUACGCCCCUGUUCUAAGCGGCAACAAAGAGAUGAUCGAGUCCUUCAACACCAUAACCAAAGAGCUGAGGACCUUGGCUGACAACCUCCGGACUGCUGAGGAAGAGAAAGAAAAAAUGAAAAGAGAACAAGAAGAAGCAAAGAGGAUAGAGGAAGAGAGAAAAAGACGUGAGGCAGAACUUGCAGAGCAAAAAAGACUUGAGGAAGAAGCUAGAAGGGUUGAGGAGGCACGAAUAGCUGCAGAAAAGCGCAAGGCAGAGGAAGCUAGAUUGGCUGAAGAAGCUAGGAUAGCGCAAGAAAAGAUCAAGGCUGAGGAGCUUCGGAUCGCUGAGGAAAUGAAAAGGGUGGAGGUUCAACGACUAGCAGAAGAAGCUAGACUGGCUGAAGAACGAAGAAAAGCAGAAGAAGCCAAACAAGCUGAAGAGCAGAGACUAGCUGAAGAAAGAAGGAAGCUUGAGGAGGAAAAAAGGAGACUCGAACUGGAACGCCGUCAAGCUGAGGCAAAGUCUGCUGAGGAAGCCAGACAGAUCGAGCUCAAACGAAAGCAAGAAGAAGCUAGACUUGCUGAGCUACGAAGAGCUGAAGAAGCUAGGCUUGAAGCUGAACGUAAAAGAGCAGAAGAUGAUAGAAGGAAAGCUGAAGAGGAGCGAAGGAGGGCUGAAGAAGAACGAAGACAUGCUGAGGAGGCUAGUAGACAGGCUGAAGAGAAAAGGAUACAUGAAGAACGAAUCCUCAUCGAACAACGCAAGCUCGAAGAAAUCAGGAUCCUGGAGUUCCGAAAACAAGAAGAAUCAAAACUAGCAGAGCAGCGCAAAUUGGAUGAACAGAAGUUUGCAGCUCAAAUAAAGGCAGAAGAAGCUAAACUGCAAGAGCAGAUAAAGGCUGAACAGUCACGAUUAGCAGAACAGAGAAAAGCAGAAGAAGCUAGAAUUUCGGAACAAAGAAAGGCAGAAGAGGCACGUCUAGCAGAGUUGAGAAGGAAAGAAGAAGAAGCACGUUUAUCAGAACUGAAGAGGAUCGAAGAAGCUAGACUUGAGGAAGAGCGUAGAAAAAUCGAGAUUGAAAGGAAAAAGGUUGAAGAAGAGCGAAAGAAAGUAGAAGAGGAGAAAAAGAAAGCAGAAGAAGAAAGGCAACGAGCAGAACAGGCAAGAUUGAUGGAAGAACAAAAAAGAAUAGAUCGGAUUGAGAUCACUGAAAUAACCGAUGUGAAAACGGAGAUGUUACUUACGUCUAAAAGGGUUCCAUCUCCCUUGCCAAUUGUUGAAGAUGCUGCGGAGGCGCCGAUCUUCACAUCUCCAUUGAGUGAUGCUGUGAUCCAAGAAGGUUCCAAAUUCACCUUCGUCUGUCAAGUUUCUGGUCAACCUAAGCCAACUGUAACCUGGUACAAAGCUGGCAUAUCCAUCCAAAACAACCCAGACUACCACACAACCUUCGACGAUGGCAUCUGUUCUCUGACCAUUGAAGAAACGUUUGCUGAAGAUUCUGCCCGAUACACGUGCAGGGCGCAUAACGCCGCUGGAGAUGCUGAAACCACAGCUCAUCUGUCAGUCAAGGAAUCUGAGCCUGAAGAAAUCCUGACACCUCCAUCCUUCACCAAGACCUUACAACCGGAGGUGGCCAAAGAAAACUCGUCCUUCCAGUUUGAGUGCAAAGUUACAGGAAACCCACUUCCCACUGUUCAGUGGUUUAAAAACGGCGAGUGCAUUGAUAAUUCUCCUGACUAUACUAUCACCUAUAAUAAUGGAGAUGCCGUCUUGAGAUUUGAGAAAGUUGGGCUUGGUGAUAAGGCGGAGUAUACUUGCAAGGCUGUGAAUCAGUUGGGGAUGGCGCAAUCUACUGCAAAUCUGGUCGUUACACCAUUGGAGCCAACAGAAGCCCCCCGUUUCAUCGUUCCUCUAUCUAAUGUUAUGGCUAGAGCAGGACAGAAGAUUAAAUUGGAAUGCGAAGUCUCCGGCGUACCCCUUCCAACUCUCGCUUGGUCACACGACGGGAAGCCAGUGAGAGAAACGCGUGAACUUAAGCUCCACCAAGAGGGUCCCAAAGCAACCCUCAUAGUCUUCGAAGCAUUCCCCAAGGAUGCCGGCACCUACACAGUAGCUGCCAGCAACAUCGCUGGAGAGGCUGCCAGUUCUAGCAGCGUGUCAGUGAAAGGUCGACUGCCUACAGAAACUUCCGAUUCAGAAAUGGCCAGUGACCUCGAGCCAAUAAAGCCUUCUAUCCAGUUGCCAUUGAGCAAUACAACUGUUAAGGAGGGACAGAGGAUCAGGUUGGACUGCGUUAUUGUGGGCCAGCCUGAGCCUGAGGUUAUUUGGUACCACGACAACAGGCCUGUGAAAGAAUCGACUGACAUACAGCUGCUUUUCCAAGGUGACAGAUGUUCAUUGGUGAUCCAAGAGGCACUUCCAGAGGAUGCUGGCGAAUACAAGGUAGUCGCCUUGAACUCAGCAGGGGAAGCUUCAAGUCGAUGCAUCCUCAGUGUCACCCCACUAUCAGACACAGAGGCUGACGGCAAGGCAAAAGAAGGUGAAGAGAAGAAAGGAACAACUGGAAGCCCUCCAAAGUUCACCAAGUUGCUGGCCGAUGUCUUGGUAUCGGAAGGUGACAAAGUUGUCUUGGAGGGAAACGUCACAGGCGAACCAAAGCCUGACAUCAAAUGGCUACUCAACAACUUGCCCAUCACUGAUACUCAACACUUUAGUUGUACCCACGAUGAUGAGGGAAACGUCAAGCUGGAAAUAGCUCAUGUGCGGCCAGAAGACAAAGGAGUUUACACCGUCAAGGCGAGUAAUACACAUGGCGACGCAAAAUGUUUUGCUCAACUAAUUGUCAAGUCGCUCAAGCCACCGGAAACAGUGGAAUAUGAGGAGAUCAAGGUACCACCAGAGUUCAAGGAGAAGUUCUCCGAUAUAGUUGCCUUUGAAGAUACUGCUACGAAGUUCGAAUGCAUUGUGACUGGCAAACCAACACCAAAGGUAAAAUGGUUGUUCAAUGGAGACGCUAUAUCUGGCAAAGACUUCCUGAUAUCAACUUCCGCUGACCGGCAAGUCCUGUCCAUUCCAAAUCUGAAAAAAGAACAUUCCGGAACGCUCACUUGCGUAGCUGAAAACGAAGCUGGCAAAGCAAGCUGUGCUGCCAGUUUAACUGUCCAACCAGCUUCUUCCACUGCUUUGCCAGAGCUGAAACUAAUACCAGAUAUCGUAUCGCCUCUAAAGACAGAACAGACACAACAUGUCGAGUCUUCCUACACGAUCAACAGAGAGGUGGUCACCAAAUCGUCCACAUCCCAGUCCAGCAAAAUAAUAGCUUCUGACGCAGAGCCCCAUAUCGAGGAACACAAAAUUAUCUCGCAAAACGCUCAAACCUACAAAAAGGUAAACCAAGAUGCUCCUGAAAUUAAGGAAAGUCACAAGAUAGAGGAGUUCCACAAGGUUGGCCAACAACCACCUAUAAUAACUGAGCAAUCGUCGACCACUUAUGUUGUUGGCGAGAAAAAAGACAUGCAGAGCCGGACUACUUCAUCAGAAAGCCAGGAGCUAAUACAAAAACCAAUACCAAAGAUACGUCCACCGAAAUUCGUAACCCCAGUAAUAGGCAAGAUCGUGGACCAAUUAGUGGACGUGGUACUGGAAGGUAUCUUGGACGGUCAACCUACGCCCAACAUCAAAUGGACAAAGAAUGGAGAAGAACUCAAGGAAACUGACCGAAUUAAGAUCAAGUGGGACAAAAACAGGACUGCUGUUGAAAUCAAGAACAUCACAGCCGAAGAUGCUGGCAGAUAUUCGUGUACAGCGACCAACGAUGGAGGAACUGCUGUUAGUACAGCCGACUUGGUUGUUAGAAAAACCAUAUUCCCACCGGUAUUUGGAAGACGUCUGCAGGCACAAGUGAUUAAAAAGGGCGACAGAAUCGUCAUGGAAGUUGAAGUUACAGGAACACCGGAACCAACCAUCACAUGGUACAAGGAUAGUAUUCCUGUGAAAGAAUGUCUGAAGGACGCCAAAGUCAAGUCACUGGGCCAAUCGCAUACGCUUGUUAUUGAAAAAGCUGAUCUAGGCCAUACUGGCAGAUUCAUGGUAAGAGCAACUAAUGCGGGAGGCGAAGCUCAAAGCAUUGCAGAUAUUGCAGUAUACGAACCAACACCUGACACGAUGGUGGAAGUCGUCAAAACUGUUGUCUUUGAAGACGUCAGAAAACAUGAAACUUUGACAUCUUCAGCUGACAAGAUAUCAUCAACCAUCACAACACCAACACCAAUUCCAGUGGAGAUCCCAAAAGUCGAAAUACUUCCUUCAGCUGUAACCUCUAGCGAAACAUCACAAUCGGCGAUGUUCAAGUCUGAAUACGGUACCACAACUGAACAGAAAUCAUCCAAAGAAUUCCAACAGUUCAAACUUGAACAUACAACACCUGAAAUCCUGAUGCCCAAGCCAUUGGACACUACAUCCAUUAUUGAGCGACAUACAGACUUCCAAAUUUAUCACUCAGAACCAAGAAGCCAACACGAGACGAUAGAAGAAAAGAAAAUAGAAGUUCAAGAUGGAAUAGAAACAAGUUCAAUUUCUAAAGAAUCUUCGCUGCAAUAUUUUGUUAAAAAGAUGACAGAAGGAGAUUCAGUCGUUCAAAAGGAGGUCACUGUACCCGAGCCCAUCAAGCCUGAGAUCUUCGAGAAAUUUGAAUCUUUCACUAAAGAGUCGGAAUCGACAGGACUACCAAAAGUACCACCUCCCAUUCCACCAAAACCACCAAAGACCACAGAGAUCAUAAAAGAUUUCAAAUCGUACACUCUACCUGAGACACAAGAGUACAAGACAUUUUCACAAGAGAUCACAAGAGAGUAUUCCACAACUCCUACAAAACCAGAAUUCAAACCCUUCCAACCAAUAAUUGCACCUCCGGAAUAUAAACCUUUUCCCCCACAGGUGGUGCAAGACUUCGAUCUGAAGCCAGAACCACCGGCUGAGAUAUGUUAUGCCCCGAAACAGCCUGGAAUGUCCAGAAAACGGGAAGACAUGUCCGAGAAGAUAAGGCGUAUUUCAGAGAGUCAGAAGGAGCUAUCUGCUCAUGAAGUUCCAACAGGAGCCAUAAGAAUCUUCCCUCCAGCGCCAAAAUUCGAACCAAAGAAGGAAACUGUUGAAAAAACCGAGCAGUCAUUCCAGUCCUCCUCAUUUCAAACUUCAUCGCUUAGUCAGUCGUAUGAAAGUAGCGCAAAAACAUCUUAUGACAAAAUGUGGACGCCUCAGUUAGAAAGACCCACUUCAUCAGCUUCUUCUGCCUACUCAGGCAGGCCACUUUCAGCUCAGUCUGGGGGGAUAGAACCGUCAACUGAAGGUGUCCAAAUGGAAAAGCAAUGGGCGCACAAGUUCUCUGAAACCCAUAUGGAGAAGUCGUGGCCACCCAUGCAACAAGACGAACCAAAAUAUGAACCGUCCUGGUCCGUUCAAAGUACUUUGGAAAGAAAGUGGACCCCAGCAGAAACUAAAACUGAAACGAUUCAUAAAGAAAUCAGGAGCACGUCAACUGGUGUACCGACACAGCAUUACAUCGGUGAGGUUACUGACCUGCAACAUAAAAUACAGAGUGACUCAUAUUCAAAACGUGAAUUCUACGAAAAGGAGGAAAAAUUCGCUAAGCCAUCAGAGAUCAUAAAAUCUUGGCCACCAGCUCCUGUUUAUACGGAGACCCAAAGGACUUACACUUCAAUUGACUCUUUACCUAUUAGACCAGUAUCAGUUCAGGAUAUCACAGACGAGGUGAUUCUAGAACCUGGUCCGCCUCCAGAGAUUGGCUAUGCAGAACCUCCAAGACAACAGAGACGUAGAUCUUACGUAGAAACUGUGGAACAAGAAAUAGAAAAGAGCUUGGCACCAUCUAAAGUACCACCCUGUUCAGUAAGAACAAUACCUCCUCCAAGAGAUUGGGUAGCUCCACCUCCACCACUACCUCCUAAGCAAAUGAUGCCUCAAGCGCCACCUUUACCUGCAAAACCAGUCAAACAUGUGGAACCUCCAAAGAAAAUCAUAGAGUCAGUACCGCUUGAGAAAUUCCCUGAGCUUGAACCGUUUCCCUUCAAACCUGGGACAGAAAAACCAAAAGGUCCUAAGGUAGGACCUCCACCAACACCCUCGAAGUUUAUUAAAGGCAAGUUCACUGACAGUGACUAUGAAAGUGAUAUUGAAGCUGUGAAAAUAACACCAAAGUGGAAGCCAUGUAUGAGUGAUACGGAAGAGUCGACAGGUUAUAGGAGAGUGAGGCCACCUCAACCUGUACAAAGCGGACGUUCUAGGUCCACAGAACCUGAACCAUUACCUCCGUCCCAGUUUGAACAUCCCCCUGAGCUCCAAGGUCCACCAAGGCCACAAGUCCGUUUUGAAGACAAUCUGCAAGAUACUCAAACUAAAAAAUUCACCAAGCACGUAAGAGCUCAGGACUUCAGGAAGGUUGAGGUGCCGCAAGCGCCAGUAUAUAUACCGGUUUCCAGGAAGCCAGAGUCGCCUAAGGCCAAGCGAAAGACCUUCCAAGAUGGUUACAUGGCUGAUACUGAAUAUACAACUGAAUAUAGUAGUAAGGAAGAGAGGUCUGAGUAUAGACAGUUCAAGUCGAGUGAAUAUAGCUCACAACAACAAAGCUUCACCUCCAAGUCUUCUAGGCAGCCUAAAUUUCCGGUUAAGAAGCAUCAGACUGUUUCAACGGCAAAGAAGGAAUUCGUAGCUACUCCAAUUGUUACCAGUCAAACAACGCAGCAAAUGUACGAGCAGCACGAUAAACACGUGACCUUGGAGCCGUUCCCGUUCAAGCCAGAGCCUCCAGUGCAGAUUAGGAAGCCUAAAGGUCCACCGCCUCCAAGCCCUUCCAAGUUCGUGAAGGGAGAAUUCAAGGAGAGCGACUACGAAAGUGACUACGAAGGCAGGAUCCCGCCUGUGUGGAAGUCUGUCACUGAACCUGCUUAUAAACCAGUUCGUCCCGUACUGACUCCUAGUCAACAUCACCAACAGUACGGCAGAACUCCGACUCCUCCCACAGAAUUUGAUAACCCACCUCGUAUCGAAGGUCCUCCACGUCCAAAAUUCGAACCUAUCGACAAAGUAAAAUCAGAACCCAAAAAACCUGUCGUUUUCAAACCAAAACCCAUUUCUGCUGCUCCCAUAACGGACAUGAUCAUAGCCAAACCAGCUCAGGAACCGAUUUUGCUGAAACCUGGUACACCUCCUGAAAUCGUGUAUUCUCCAGGUCCUAAGAAGACUCAGUACUACCGAUCAACAGUCACAGCACCUUACACGAAUGCUGUGCAGACAGAGACCUCAAAUGUGGUUCAUUUCGACGAAUCAACAGAAACUGGGCACCGUAAGGUAUGUGUGCAGCAAACUCACAAGGUGAUCAAAUUCGGUGACCAAUACAGAAAUGACCAAAAACUGGAACCCUUCCCAUUCCAAGCUGAACCAGAUAGAGGUAUGAGAUCAAAUAGCGUUCCUCCACCACCCACACCUAGCAGAUUCAUCCCAGGAGAUUUUCGAGAAAGCGAUUACGAAAGUGAAGUGGAGAGCACCAGGAUCAAGCCCAAAUGGACACCGCAUGGUGCAGAUGAACACCUGCAGUACAGGAGGGUGAGAGGUCCAACAGGAAGUAGGUCCUCCAGUGUACCAGCUCCGAAGGAAAGAAUUCUUAGCCCAAUGGAGUUUGACGCUCAACCACCUGUGAUUUCGACCCAUGUCACCAGAGACAUGAUGGAUGGAGAAAGUAGAAGACACGAAUCCAGCUACCAGAAGUUUAUGGAUAAGAGGUCCAACCAAAUAGUGCACCAAAGAAGUCGUUCCUACGAACCAGCGCUUCAGCCUGGCUCACCUCCUGAGUACGGUUAUGCGAAGGAUCAAAGAAUGAUCAAGUCAACAGCUAUCAAGGCCGCCACUCAUCACAUGGACAGCAUGACCAAGGACUUCAAAUCGAAGACGCAGAAGUUUGUCAGCGACGUCGUGGGGGAUAUGAACAAACAAGCGAGGAAGCCUAUUUUGAAGAAGCCCGCAGAUACUGAUGCGCAAAUUUGGAGGGAAGAAACAAGGGCGUCUCAACAUGGGACCAAGCACGUCGAUCCAGACACAGGCCUAAUUUACUUCAAGUACGAUUUCGGCUACGAGUUCGGCAUAAUCCUGCCUGGUGAAGGUAAACAAAAAGGAGGCGAGAUCAAUUUCCCGAAGAAAACCGUAAUCGAGCCUCCAAAACGGACCAGAGACAUAGAAAUGCCAGUCUACCACGAGAAAUCUCCCAGCCAAGCACCGACCCCGCAGUUCAAACCGAAGAAGUUUACCAAAUGGGAGCCGACUUCAGAGAGCGAGAUGUCAGAGUACGAGAUGGACAGGAAACACCAAGGUUCGAGAUGGGAGCCGUCUUCGUGUAGUCCUGUGUCUCUGUCGCCUAGUUUGCCUAGUACUUCUCCGGCUUUUAACAAUACUUUCGCAGGUAGGAAAGGAGCUGAAUCUCCUCCAAGCUGCCCGAGUACUCCAGGAAGUACAAGGGUUAUUCUGCAACCUGGACAGGCCAGAGCGCCAAUGUUCAUAACCCCACUUCGUGAUAUCGCAGUAACAGCUGGCCAAGCGGCAAAAUUUGAAUGCAUAGUUCAGUCUGAACCACCACCAAGUACUUUAUGGUCCAAGAACGGAAGGAUUAUCGAGCACUCAAAUGACUACCAAAUCCACUACAGAAACGGAGUUUGUCGUUUGACCGUCACGCAAGCCUAUCCUGAGGAUGCAGGAACGUACACUUGCACCGCAACUAACCCAGCAGGUACCGCCAAUACGUCAGCAACUCUGCAAGUUCCAGGUGAGCGUCGAUCUCAAUACCUUAAGUAGAACUGCUCUUGGUGGUGGUGCUCUGAUACUGCUAAUACUACUCUUUAGUCUUGUCGAUGCACAGAUCGUCUUCUAUGCAGGUCACACUGCCAAGUAUUUCUUAACGAGUCGUGUACGUCUAGUCGUUGCCAAAGUUUACGUUUACAUUUUAGUUUGUUAUUUUUCUUUCUAAAUCCGAUACGAAUGUUUUACGAAACAGCUAUUUAGGAAUUUUAAGCUAAAUUGAUAGGUAGGAUGUAAAAAUAAGUGCCUUCUUACGUAACUACGGAAAUACUCAUAGGAUAGCUCGUUUUCGCUGAAGUUUUAAAAGUGGUUUUGUUUGAUUUUCUGGAGUGUAGAUAAUACUUACUACUUUAGAUAAGCAAAACUGGAAGCCACCAACAGAUGGUUUUUAGUGUCCCUGUUUAAAUCUCAAAUUACCAUACAUUUUAGUGAUCAUAAUUACUCUUGUUUUUCCAACCAUCCUGAUUUUGUUUUGUUGGACCGAAGACUCUCUAAUAUUAUAUAUUAACUUAUUUCAAUUUAUUCUGGUAUGCUUGAGACAUACAUAACUUUACAUAUUGAAAACUCUUUCUCACCUACCCUUAUUUACUCCAACCAAUGAAUAUCAGUCUAGAAAACAAGAUGUGAAUAAAAAUGUAGGGCGAUUUUAUCAUAGUAUUCUAGUUGAUGAAAGAAAUUUGAUAUAUAUAUAUAUAAAUAAACUAAAGCAACUACAUGAGGUUCAUCGUCACAUCAGAAAUCGUAAAUGGUAUAUGCUUUUAUCAAUAUAUCGUGACUAUAGCUGAUCCUUUUUGUCACCACUUGAUCGUAGUAAAUAUCAGAAUUAUUUGAAAAAACAACUGUGAUUGGAAUAAGGAAUAAGUCUUCUAGCUAGAGCUCAAAAACAUGUACGAGUCUAACUCAGAACAGAACGCUCAAUGUUAACAAAUCUGAUUCUCACUUCAUUUAAAAAAUGUUAUAUGAAUAUUUUCAAACAGCGACCUGUGAAAAAGUUUGUCAACAUAAACGUGAUUUUGUUAUCCUGUCCAAGUAGAAUCAAUGUCAAUCGAAAUUUUCUGAAAACUGGCACUCCAGAAAGUUGACAUGCCACUUGCCUCUUUUUUCGUGAAAUCACAACUCAUUCUGGUCAUUUUCAUAAAAAUAGUGUACAUUUGUAUUUGUUACUGAAUUUAUUAUGCAUAUUAUUUAUUUGUUGUGUCUGUUAUAUUGAUUAUUAAAGCUUUUGAGCAAUA